AGAUUAGCAGUGCCUUCUUCUGUGUUUCUUUUCUUUUCAUAUAUAUAUAUAUAGAGAGAGAUAGAGAGAUUGCAUGUGGUCAAGGUCUCCAUAAGUAAUGUCUUCCCCAUCGUCUGAAGAUUCUGCGCAGCCGCCGCCUUCAGAUUCCCCACCGCCUCCUGAUGAUUCAUCGUCUCCCCCUCCACCAAAUAACAAAUCCUCGCCUCCUCCGCCGUCUAACGGCGACUCGCCGCCGCCACCUCCCCCGCCUCCGCCUCCUCCUCCACCGCCUCCUCCGCCCCCACCCGGCGAUAAUAACGCGCUUUCCCCACCCUCACGCCCAAAGAAACACAAAAACUCGUCAUCCAAUAACAACGACAAACUCUUAAUUGCAGGAGUUGCGGCAGGAGGUGCCCUGUUGAUUCUUGUUUUGAUAGUCUUCGUGGUCUCUUGCUGUAGACGCAAAAGGCGAAGAUCUCAUCAUAACCAGAUGCAAUAUUUCACUGACAAUUCUCCCAAGAAAGGUAAUAAUUAUUAUAAUAACAGCGGGCCAUACGGGACUUGGCAACCAAACAAUAAGCCAACUGGCGAUUAUUUUGUUAAGAUGCCACCUCCCCCUCCGAGCGCCGGCGUGAGCUCAGAGCAUGCAUGGCCGCUGGUGCCUCCGCCGCCGCCGCCAAUGCUGAGUAGCGACAUGAGCUCCGCUGCUUUCUCCGGUCCACAACAAGCAGCUCUGCCGCCGCCGCAUCCGGCCAUGGCUCUCGGGUUUAACCAAAGCAGUUUCACAUAUGACGACCUGGCAGCGGCAACUGGAGGGUUCUCUAAGGCUAACCUAUUAGGGCAGGGCGGGUUCGGGUACGUAUACAAAGGUGUGUUGCCAAAUGGCAAGGACAUUGCGGUGAAGUGCCUCAAAUCUAACAGCGGACAAGGAGAGCGAGAGUUUCAGGCCGAGGUUGAGAUCAUCAGUCGUGUCCAUCAUCGUCACCUCGUCUCUUUGGUCGGAUACUGCAUUUCUGGCUCUCAAAGGAUGCUCAUCUAUGAGUUUGUGCCCAACGGCACUCUCGAAUAUCACAUUCGAGCAACUGCUAUGGAUUUCCCAACCAGGCUUAAAAUUGCACUAGGUUCCGCCAAAGGGUUUGCUUAUCUACACGAAGAUUGCCACCCUCGCAUUAUACACAGAGAUAUUAAGGCUGCAAAUAUUUUGUUGGACUACAAUUUUGAUGCAAAGGUUGCUGAUUUUGGACUGGCUAAGCUCAGCAAUGAUACCCAAACCCACGUCUCAACACGCAUCAUGGGAACAUUCGGGUACUUGGCACCAGAAUAUGCAUCUAGCGGCAAACUGACUGAAAAAUCUGAUGUUUACUCAUAUGGAGUUAUGCUCCUGGAACUCAUAACUGGGCGACGCCCCAUGGAUGUUAAUGGCGAAGAUGAAACCUUAGUCGACUGGGCUAGGCCUAUUCUGGCGCGGUCUGUAGAAGGUGGAAGUUUCGAAGGGCUGGUGGAUCCACGGUUGGAGAACAACUACAACCACCAGGAGAUGCAUCGCAUGGUGGCUUGUGCUGCUGCUUGCGUUAGGCAUUCUGCUAGGAGACGUCCAAAAAUGAGCCAGAUUGUGCGUGCUUUGGAAGGAGACGUUCAGUUGGCUGAUCUAAACGAGGGAGUGAUGAAAUCCACGAACGAGAGUUCAGAGUACGAUUCGGGCACAGACACAAAGGGCGGGAAAUAUGGAGGAGGAGGAGGAGGAGAAGGGGGGUCGAGCGCGGAGUUCUCCAGCGGCGAGUAUGUCGGCAGCGGCGGCCGAACACGCCACACUCCUUAAACAAUAUUGUCUGUCUGAUCUCAUAGAUCUAUCUUCUUCCACAAUAAUAAUAGUCAGUCAAGAAAAUUGGCUUUCUGGGAACUGCAUGCAAAAUCACAUAUGUGCUGGCUACUGGCUGGCCUGGUGAUAUGAUGCAUGCAUAAUAAAGACUUACGGCUUCACACUUCACAGCGCGCCACGCACUGGUGUUAUGUUGUGUUUUUUGCUUUCUGGGUGGAAUAUUAUAUAUGUCGCCCGGUGCCCGGUGCGACACACUUCCACCACAGAUCGAUCGAGGAGUAGAUUAGAGAGAUUAUUAUUGUGAAGUCACCUAUCUCAUCUCUUUCCCCCUAAAGCAAGCACCUUAAUUGAUGACUUGCAGUUUUUAUGGUUAAUUUGUGUUCAAUUCAUUUUUGGACUCAUUUGUAUUCCCUUUUGGAUCAGAA